AUGGGAAGAUCCAGGUCCCGUUCUCGUUCCCGUCAGAGCGGCGGAGAUGACGGCGAACGUCGAAGGCGCAAGUCCAAAGACCGUUCUAGAAGUCGUGACGAUGAUAAAUAUGAAGGAGAAACAAAGGAGGAACGAAGGGCCCGAAGACAUCGGAAGCGCAAAGAGGAAAAGGGAGAGGAGUAUUCCACUCGAGCCGCGCAGGAUAAACCUGAGUCCGGCUACACAGUACCAGGAGGCUUCGAUUAUCAAGCCCCUUCUGGUUAUGGUGUCGCCGGAAGUGCGCCAUACCCCGAAAGCCCACAGGAGCAACGUUCUGGAUAUGGCGGUGAAUAUCAACAAGGCGGGGAAUAUCAACAUGGAAACUAUCCUGCCGAUAGUUACGCUCAAUCGCAAUAUGGAGCAGGAGGAUAUCAGGCUCCAGCCGCUCCAGCCGCUCCAACCGGAGAAUACGACCAAGCUCACCAGGAAUAUUCAGGACACUCCCAAGGCUACUCUGCUGAACACCAAUCGUAUAGCGGCCAGUAUCAUGAGGGACAGUCAUAUGGCGGACAGCAUGAAGGACAAUCGUAUCAACAGCAUGAAGGAAGCGGUUACUACCAGCAUACUUCACCUCAACCGACUACCCAUUAUGGACCACCAGCUGAACAAUACGGUGCUACGGGGGGUGAAUAUCAUGAUCCAAACUAUGGUCAAGCUGGCUAUGCGGCUCCACAGCCCCCAUAUCCCGUCGAGUACGGCGAGGACCCUAACAGCUCAGCCCAGGGCUAUUACGGAGGCGGCGCUUCUUCCAACGAGUACCCAGCUGGAGGAUACCCCCCUCCAACAGGUGCGCCAGGUGAAACCCCACGAAACCCUUCUACUCAUAACUACCAACCUCGCGCCGAACCAUCUGGUCCUCCACCCGAAGCCGAGCCCCAGUUCGACUAUUCCCAUACGCCUACACAGUCAUUUGCUCCUGAAGUGAGCUGGAGACCGACAGCUGCUCCUGAAACAGAGAAGCAAUCGGUGUUUAGAAGCUUCAGAACCGGUUUGCACAAUGCUAUCCGUGAAGUAACAAAUACGGGUAAAAUCCAAGUGCAUUCAGGCAUGCACGAGGGGGGUGUUUGUACGGAUCCAGAUCACUUCCAUAGUUCCAAUAGAUUCGAAAGUUUCGCAGGGGUUUACCCUGGAAAUUCGAUUAAAUGGUUUGUUGACGGAAAGGAUUACUGCUGGGCUGUUGCCGAAGCAAUCAAGAAUGCUCGCCACAGCAUUUGGAUUCUCGACUGGUGGCUUUCCCCGGAGUUGCACCUUAGACGUCCCGCAGCUAAACACGAAGAGUACCGUCUCGACCGAAUGCUUAAAGCGGCUGCAGAAAGAGGAGUUAUCGUCAACAUAAUUGUCUACAAGGAAGUUACUCAAGCCUUGACCUUGAGCUCGGCACAUACGAAGCAUUUCUUGGAAGAACAACAUCCAAAUAUCCAAGUUUUUAGACACCCAGACCAUACUCCUGAUGGGAAAGUUGUUUUGUCAAAGUUGAUUAAGGGAAACCUUUUGAAUACACUUACUAGCUUCACAAACACCGACCAGAUCGUUCUCUACUGGGCCCAUCACGAGAAACUCUGUCUGAUUGAUGGUGUUAUUCCUGGCGAAGGAAUUGCCUUCAUGGGUGGCCUCGAUCUCUGCUGGGGUAGAUGGGAUCUUCCGCAUCAUCCUAUUUCUGACGUUCACCCAACCGAUAUCAAAGAAACCGUCUUCCUAGGUCAGGAUUACAACAAUGCUCGUGUGAUGGACUUCCACACCGUAGACCAAUGGACGCAGAAUAAGCUCAAGAGGACAGAAAGCAGCAGAAUGGGCUGGUCCGAUGUUGCCCUUUGCUUGAGUGGCCCGACAGUUGACGACUUGAAAACCCACUUUAUGCAACGUUGGAACUUCAUCCUCGAAUCUAAGUACGGGCUAAAAGACACUAAGUAUCAUCCGAUCGAGGUCCCCGUUCAUUCGCAUGGCGGCUUUGGGCACGGUGGUAUUACUCAUGCGGCAAGUAAAAUAAAGAGCGGUAUGAAGGGCAUUAUUGGCUUCCAGAGCGGUGGUGGUUACGAAGAAGAAGAACGACGUGAAGAAAGCUCAGGACGUCGCGGGAGCAGGCGUCAACGCAGAGGCGGCAGGGAGGAUUAUGAUGCGGACCUCGCAUGGUCGGAUUCCGAUGACGACUCAAGAAAGAAAGGACGCAGAAAGCAAGAACGUUAUGGAGAAGAGGAACAAUCAAGGGCUGGUCACCACGGUGGAUACUACCAGCAGCAGCAGUAUCAGCAGCAGCAGCAACAGCAGCAUCCUCCUCCUCACCACAGCGCUCACCCGAUCAACUGUCAAAUUGUCCGAAGUAUCAGCCCUUGGAGCCACAAUAUGAAGACAGAGCAUUCGAUUCAAAAUGCAUACGUCCAAGUCAUUAACCACGCCCACCACUUCGUUUACAUUGAAAACCAGUUCUUCAUUACCGCCACUGAUGGAGGUCGAGUCGUCAAGAACAGAAUUGGAGAGGCCCUUGUCAACAGAAUCGUUAGGGCUCACCGCGAACGCCAGAAAUUCCGAGUAAUCGUCGUCAUGCCUUCUGUUCCAGCUUUUGCAGGUGACCUUAAGGAUGAUGGUGCUUUGGGGACACGUGUGAUUAUGGAAUACCAAUACGACUCUAUUGUCAGAGGUGAUAAAGGACCGGAUGGAAAAGGCAGAUCUAUCUACGAAAAGCUAUACGCAGAGGGUGUUAACCCAUCGGACUAUAUUCGAUUCUACAACUUGCGCAACUAUGAUCGUAUCAAUAUUUCUCGAGAGCUUGAGACAGCGGAAGCACAGACAAAAUUUGAGUAUGAGGUUGCACAACAAGCCUUGGAAGACAAGAUCGGCGCUGGGUGGCAGACUGCCGAAGCACAUAGUGAAGCACUCGAUGAAUGGGGCCGAGUCAAGGGUGCCAGUGCCUCUGUCUGGGACAGUGUGGCUCAAUGCUCAAUGUUAGGUGGUGGGGAUGUUCGAGAUGCCCCAUGGGCUGGUGACCCAGAUAAGGAGAUCGAUGCCUUCGUUUCCGAAGAACUUUACAUCCACUCGAAGCUUCUUAUCGCUGAUGACAGGAUCGCAAUUUGUGGCUCCGCCAACAUCAACGACCGCUCGCAGCUCGGUGAUCAUGAUUCCGAAAUCGCCAUUAUCAUCGAAGACCAAACCCCUCUGCAAUCUCUGAUGAAUGGACAACAAUACACCGCCUCUCAUUUUGCGGGUACUCUUCGGCGUUACAUCUUCCGCAAGCAUCUUGGUCUCGUUCCCGCCCAGGCGGCCGAUGAAGUCGACCAAAAUUCACUCCCCGUUCCCGCGCCUAAUGUCUACGAUUUCGACUCUACCGAGGACAAGUUGGUUAUGGAUCCUCUCGGCGACUCAUUCUGGAAUCAUUGGAAUGGUAUUGCUUCCACGAACACCCAAGUAUUCACUAAAGUUUUCCACGCUGUGCCAUGCGACGAUGUUGUCAACUGGGAGCAAUACACUCAGCACUAUGGCAAGUACUUUGCGCCUCGAGGCACUAAGGAGAAGCCAGAGCCACCAUUGUACCUCAGCGGUCAUGUCGUCAAGUCAAAUUUCGCAGAGGGCGCCGAGGGGGCCAGGCAAGUCAAGGAGGAGCUCGCGAAGGUUCGAGGUAGCUUGGUCGAAAUGCCGCUUAAAUUCAUGCAAAAUGUUGAUUUUGCUAAGGAGGCUGCUGGAUACAAUGCUUUUACUGAGGAGCUUUAUACUUAA